AUGUCUAGUUCUAUUUGGCCGAUUCCAACUAUUGACCGUCCGUUUGGUUUUUACUGGUUUGGCAUUUUCGAUAAGGUUGUUGCUACAGUUACAGGGGGUUGGUUUGUUCCCUCGCAAUUUGAGUUUAAACCCAAUGAAGCUCUUCUGUGCGAUUUCCCUCACGUUGCUCUUGCCAUCGUUAUAUACUACCUUCUCGUUUUUGGUGGUAGAGCUUUGCUUAAGGCCACUGGUGCCAAGCCUCUGACUUUGAAGUACAUUUUCCAGAUUCAUAACUUAUGGUUGACCAAUGCUUCGUUCGUUUUACUUGCAUUGAUGGCCGAGCAGCUUAUUCCUAUGAUUGCACGUCAUGGAUUAUACUAUGCUAUCUGUAACCGUUCCGCAUGGAGUCAGGAGAUGGUGGUCUUAUAUUAUUUGAACUACCUAAACAAGUACUAUGAAUUUUUGGACACUUACUAUCUUGUUUUGAAGCAGAAGAAGCUGACUUUCCUUCAUACCUAUCAUCAUGGCGCUACUGCUCUUUUAUGUUACACUCAAUUGAUUGGUCAUACCUCCAUUUCAUGGGUUCCAAUCACCUUAAACUUGGCCGUUCACGUUGUUAUGUACUGGUAUUACUUUCUUUCUGCUCGUGGCAUUCGUGUUUGGUGGAAGGAGUGGGUUACCAGAUUCCAAAUUCUUCAGUUCAUUAUUGACUUGGGAUUCAUUUAUUACGCUACUUUCAUUAAAGUUGGUCAUUCGUUCUUCCCGGAUACUAUCUGCCUUAAAUGUGCUGGAACUCCUCUAGCUACUGUCAGUGGUUGUCUCAUUCUUUCAUCCUACUUGGUUCUUUUUGUUUCCUUCUACGUGGAUGUUUACAAAAACUCUUCCAAGCAGUCCAAGGUUGUUAGAAGGGUCAGAGGUGGUGUUGCUGCUAAAGUCAAUGAGUACGUUUUGUUGGACCAGAAAUCCGUUCAAGAGAAUUACGAUUCGAACACCGGUUCGCCUUUACCAACCAAGAGAAGAUCUCUCAAAGAUAAAAAGGCGGAAAUAUUGUAG